AAGACGAAAGUUAUGCCUGAGCAGAUCCGUGAGCUUGUGGAAAUUUAUGUGGCCGCCCGCGAAAGACAUCUCGGCGACCCAACAGAGACAAAGGGCGACCACAGCCAGAGGCGGUUUCUCGAAAAUGUUGACAAGUGGAUUGCGAUGACGAAGAAUCGAGGUGCGUUUUCGGAUGAGCUUACGUUCCCAGCCAAGACACGAUGGGCUAUCGCAAGCGAUCCGCUCCAUUCACGAUGGAAAGAAUCGACAAAGAGACAGUUGGUUGAGGAAAGCAGGGAGGAAGACCGGGAGUGGAAAGCGCAGAAGGAGACGGAGGUGAAGGAGAGGGAGCUCGAAGAGAAGAGACAAAGGCUAGAGAGAGAGCAGAGGGAGUGGAAGCAGAAGCAGAAGGAGUUCCAGGAGAUAAAAGAACAACUGCAAAAGUCGCGGAGAGCGCAGGGGGAGUGGGAGGAAAAGGUAAAACAACGGAUAGAGAGGGAAGAGAAACAGCAGAGAAUAGAAAAAGUACGAGAAGAGAGACAGCGGAAGGAGCGGGAGCAGAAAGAGAAACAGCAGAAGAUAGAGAAAGCACGGAAGGAGAGGGAGCAGAAAGCGAAAUUAGAUAAGUCAGAGAGAGCGCGGAAGAAGAGGGAGCAGAAGGAAAAGGAUCGGGAGCAGAUGCUACAGAAAGAAAGGAUCGAGCAGGAAAGAGAACAUAAGGAGAGAGAACAGAGGGAGACAGAGAAAAAGGAGAAAAGGCAGAAGGAGACGGAGCAGAACGAGAGUGAGCAAAAUGAGAGGGAGCAGGAGGAGAGAGCGCGGAAGCAGAGAGAGUUGAACGAGGAUAUCGCAAAAGAGCAGACAGAAAGGGAGUGGAAGAAAAGGAAGAGAGACUCCAACGACCAGGCUCCCGGUGUUGCUAUGCGACCAGAAAACCGCUCAUCAAAUGCUCCCGAGGACGCGGAAGGCGUUCGACGAAGCCGCCAACCACAGAUACGCCCUCGCAACGCCAACCGAGAGCAUAGAAGGCGGUGA